CCAGAGCAUUUGUGUAUUAACGGUAUCUUAGCCAUCGCUCCAACGCCCUUGCCGGAGGAGUGAGAGACAGUGAAGGCCCGACCCUAUUUAUUUAAAAUUUAAAAAAUUGAUAUACUGCAAAGUAUUAAAAUGGCAUUGAGUUAAGUUAAAAUUGUUCCACUAUCCUUCGUUCUCCAAUCUUCAAUCCUCGCUGCCAGUUCCAUUGUUCUCUCUAUCUCUCACUCUCUGUUCAAGUUUCUCAGCUCCUCACAGGAUGCUUUGCGCCCUGGCUAAUCUUCCACUAUUCAUUGGAAAAACAUUUGCAGAAACUAAAAUACCCACAAGUACGCGAAGCAUUGUGGUAUGUGCUGCAAAAGGUCCAAGACCGAGAUAUCCUCGCGUUUGGAAGACCAAUAAAAAAAUUGGAACCAUUUCCAAGGCUGCUAAGCUUGUCCAGUCUAUUAAGGAACUUUCAAAUGUUAAAGAGGAAGUUUAUGGAGCUCUUGAUACCUAUGUCGCCUGGGAGCUAGAGUUUCCUUUAAUUACAGUGAAAAAGGCUGUCAAGACUCUAGAAUACGAGAAAGAAUGGAAGCGGAUAAUACAGGUAACAAAAUGGAUGUUAAGCAAGGGUCAAGGAAAGACAAUGGGAAGCUAUUACACAUUAAUUAAUGCUUUAGCAGAGGAUGACCGACUUGAUGAAGCGGAAGAGCUUUGGACAAAGCUAUUAAUGCAGUACACGGAAAGCUUGCCUCGUAGAUUCUUUGAUAAAAUGAUAUCUAUCUACAAUAAAAGGGGCAUGCAUGACAAGAUGUUUGAGGUAUUUGCAGACAUGGAGGAGCUUAGUGUAAAACCUAGUAGUUCUGUUGUUUCAAUGGUUGGAGAUGUCUUCAAGGAGCUCGGUAUGAUGGAGAAAUACGAGAAGUUACAUAAAAAAUAUCCACCAUCUCAAUGGGAAUAUAAAUACAUCAAAGGAAAGCGCGUAAGAUUUAGGGUGCAAGGUCAAUCUAAUCAGGUUGACAAAUACAUAAGAAAACACGACAAUGUUCAAUCAGAUUCAGACAUAAGACAGGAUGAUAGUUCAGAAGAGACUUCAGAGGUAAUAGAUGAUGAACAAUUCGAACAGGAUGCCGAUGUAAUAUUCAUUGAAACCAAACAAAUUUCAGAUGAGUCGUAUCAGAGUAUGGAACCAAGUCUAGAUGUAUCACGAGAGAAAGAUGAUAUAUUAUGAUUAGCACGUAAGUUUCUGUUGUCGAUUAUUAUUAAUCACAAGCAGGAUAUUGGUGUCCAGUUCCUUUUAAAAGAUAUAAGGUGAAGACACUCUUGGAGAACAUGCUUCUGGUGGUGGCCAUUUCAUUUGAGGGUAUCAGAUCAUUUACCGAGCAAGAAACGGGACUACAUUAGAUUCCUCCAAUGGUGAAUUGUUGAACUGAAAGUGUGUGCUUUAGCUUGAAAGUUUGCUCAAUGCAUAAUAUACUGGAGUUUGAGGGCUCUGAUAAGCAAAUAGUUUAGCUGGUUUGUGUUAUAUUGUUGGUCAUAUAUUUGCAUUGAAUUGUAUUCAAAUGCUUAAACCAUGAUAAUUAAUAACUCCUAGAUACAACAAGCAAUUCUCCUUUUUGUAAUUUUAUGAAUCUAGACUUGUGCACCAGUAUAUGAAGUAGCAGGACUCAAUAGUCGUUGCUAUGCUAUUCUCUA